GGAGGAUUUGAGGACCAAAACACCUUUGGAAGGUUCAGUCUUCUUUUGUUAAUAACAUCUUCCGUCGACUCUCAAUUUUCAACUGUGAAUGAUCGACUAAUCGGAAUUGCAAAAUGAUUCUUGAUACUCGUAUCGGUAUUGAUACGGAAUUUGGAACGCGAGAUAACCCCUAGGAACACACAAUACAAACAAAUCUGGUGUAUAGCUUCGCCUAAAUGGGUCGCGCUUGGUACAUGCUGAGUGAAAUUACCGAUCAGCGACUAGAAAACCACUUGGACCCUCCCCAAUUUGUCGACAUGGCGGUGGUCAACGCCGAGACUGGCGUUUUACUCUACGAAGUCAUCCUGGACACGGACGCCGAGUGGAAAGAAAUCGUGCAGAAGCACAAUCUCGUCUUCGUCUUCGACCAGCACUGCUCCCGCGAAACGCCCGACUACAACGAUUUUAUGCGAAUUAUCUUUACCGAACACUCCCACGACUAUCCAGGAAUUCGUCUCAUCACGGCAGGAUCCGGUUACUUCGACGUGAGGGAUCGAAGCAACCGAUGGAUACGGAUCGAGGUGGUUACGGGCGAUUUCAUUAUUAUUCCCGGAGGGAUCUCUCAUCGAUUUACCAUGGAUUCCAACGAGAGUGUUACGAGUAAGAAGUUCGAUGAUGCAUAAACAGAAAUAUUGUUUAUUGCUAGCAAAAUACAAUGAAACUGUCAUUGUUAAUUUAGACGGACAAUUACAUCUUCUGCUUCUUCCA